AACCAUCGUUCAGCUUCUUCUUCGCGUACCCAGUCGAGGCUUGCCCCAGAAAACUUGCGAGAAAAGGAAACCCUCGACGCUCCUCACCGCCGCGCGCCGUCCGCCGCCGGCCGCGCCUGGCGUCCCUCAUCUCCGGCCUUCUUGUGCGGUUCCGAUCUGCAAUAUAAUCGAGCGCCUUUUGAUUUUUGAAAAGAAAAUCGCCACCCACCUGACGAAGGUCCAUCUACAAAUAUUACAAGUACGACUCCGUCAACUCGUCCUUCUCCUUCGCUGGUGUCUCCACGAGUACCAGAGCAAGAAUUUUUAGCUACACUCCCAAGCAAUGAUGUGAUAAAUCGCUUUCUGAUGAUAAAAGAUUGCAGAGGAGAUGAUAAACAGAGUUGACCAGACUCUGACAGAGCAUCAUGCCAGACAGGAGAAGCAUGACCAAGCUGGACGACCUGCCCGAGGAUCUCAUCAUCGACAAGAUACUCAUCCUGUUGCUGGCCAAGGACAUCGGCCGUUGCCGCACUGUCCGCAAAUCAUGGGGCAGCGCCACCUCCACGCCAAAGUUCAUGCUUGACCACCACCGUCGCCAGCCAUCGCUCCCCAUCAUUGACGGCCAGCCCUCCCGUUUCGUGGCCCUCCGUUGUGGCAUGGGCACCAAGGUCUCCGAUGAACAGCUCUGGCCCAUCCCCACGAACAGCAACAAAGCCAGUGACAAGUUUCACCUCCACACCACCUGUGACGACGGCCUCGUAAUCGUCUCCCAGGGACCCCGAUUCUACAUCUGCUGCAACCCAGCCAUCCACAAGCAUGCUCCCCUACCGCUCCAUUGUCCCCAUGACAUACUUGGACUCUACCGACACAAUGCAACUGGGGAAUACAGGGUGCUCUGGUGCACAAGGUACACAAGCAAUGCAGAAACUUUGUUCAUCCACACAGUAGGAGCUAAUGAGUCAAGGAGCGUCACGGUAAGAUCCCCAACAGCACCCUCCUCGUCGCCUUCCCUGGAACAGGCCUUACAUGAGGGGCUACCCUGGAACUAUUCUAAUUGUUCCCCAGUUCACCUCCAUGGCGGGCUUCACUGGUUAUCCCAUAAUACCAACAAGAGCAUUCCACGUCGUGGGGACAUCAUUGUGUUUGACACAACAGCUGAGUCGUUCCGGUGGAUGCGCGGUCCUGUCCGGUCAGGCCUUCUGGGGAAUAUGCCGUUUGAGAUGGAGGGAAAGCUUGCUUUGUGGAGCGGCAACUCUUACCAAUGCACUACUGCUAUGGAUGUCUGGGUGAUGCAGGAUUACGAUGCUGAGAUCUGGGCCUUGAAGUACCGGAUUGACGUGUCUACGGUGGAGGCAUCACGGCAACUCCAUUUAGCUACUCUUGAAAAGAAAAAGAAAACAUCACGUGAUUUAAGAGUGAAAAUGAUCCAUAAUAUGGUUGUGCUCAACGAUCAUGAGCUGCUCAUACAGUUUAAUUAUAACCAUGUGUUGCGCUGUGACAUUGGUGGCAAGUUCCUAGAAAUGGUGAACAUUGGGAAGAGACAAUAUUGUAUGAAACUCACUCAGCAUCGCCUCAAAGAGAGCAUUAUUCCAGUCCUGUUUGAUGAGAUGCAAGAGUAAGAAGAUGAGGAGCCUCCAUUCUCCACAAGACAUGUCUGAAUCUUCAGGAAGCCUGGCCUUUCACCUGGUAGUACAUCUAUCUAUCCUUAUCUGAAUGUCCAGGGCAUACCUUUUGUUCGUGGCUCUUCUUACUUAUUGCUAAUAUUAUCAGCAGAGACUAUUUUGGAUGGUAGCACUUCUGCCGUCAUCAAUUGGUGCUUAUUAUGAUGUCUUGAACAUCAUGCUAUUGUUCUGGACUAUGGAGCAUCUAUCUUUGUUAUUAGAACUAUUUUGCUGUUUUUAUUGGCCACCAAAGUUUAAAAUCCAGAUUCCAUUGUUAAUUAAGAACAAGGAUAGAAGUUUGGUCUUGGUCAUAUUCGUUGAGAUAAUAUUGCAUUUCCAGGAA